AUGACCAUGUCCUCAGGGCAUUGUCGUUGGACAACCGCAAGGCCCGCAGCGGGCCUUCUCAUCCUUGCGCUUGGCCGCCUUUGCUGUGCUGACUGCACUGGGGCGAGCUGCGCCGCCACGGGGGCGUCGCUCUUGGCGCUGAAGGCGGAGACACAGGUGGCUUCCCUUGGGGACCUCGAGGAGCGCGGAUACCCCAUCAACAUGACCGUGAAUGGCAGCAACGGGACUGUGGACACGCAGUUGGAGAUGAUCGUGGGCGAGAACGCCGAGCAAGACAUGAAGGAGAUGAACAAUAUCCCGAAUCCCGAGAAUGCCAGCAGCAAUGGAACCCAUGGAAUGGGCGAGUUGGCCCGCAAUUUGGAGUUCCUGAUGCUGAAAAUCGUCCAGUUGGAAACGGUGGUGGAGAUGCAACAACAUGAGAUCCAGGACCUGCCUGACCUCCGCAGCGUCAUCGGCGAGCACUUCGACUUGGAUCACAAUGACACCACGGCUUCCCUGAAGCAGGUGGAUCCCAAGGCCCGCACGAAGAAGGCUCAGGAGACCCUGAAGAAGGUGAUGCAGAAGCACAAUCACCAGCGGGAGAAGCGGGACUUCAGUCCGGAGGCACACCGCCAGGAGCAAAAGGAAGAGCUCAACCAGGCGGAGGCCCAGCAGCGGAAGCUGCUUUCAAGACGUGACCAGGAGGCCAAGGACACCCUCCUGCUCGAGGCUGAGACUGAUGAGAUGGAAGAGGCGGACGAGGAGGAGGGGGAGGAACGAUCUUCCCGUCGACGUGGCUGGCCUCGACGACGCCGCCGAUUGUUCAAGUCAGUGGCAAAUGCUGUGAGCAGUGCAGGAAACGCGGUCGUCGACACGGCAUCCGACGCUGCGGCGGCUGCAAACGACGGCACGGGCCUGGUCGGAAACGCGCUGGGCGACGCCUAUGAGCAUGCAAGCGACCAGGUCACCUUCGUGGCCAACACUGUCAUUGACUCAGUGGAGAUGGCCAUUGACAUAUUGGUCCGUGGCUUCUCAGACUGGAAUGCUGGUUGCCCAGACACCCGCACGCCAGACAUGCACAUCGACGGAGACGGCAUCCGUGUCGAUUGGGGUCGUCAGAAAUGCUGGGUCCGACUGAUGGGCCACUGGGUCCUGGCUAAGGAGUUCAAGUUAAGCAAGUGGAUCCCCAUUACGGUCGUGAAGUGUUUGGGCUUUCGGCUGAUACAGGAGGUCCCGCCGCUGAGCUUCCUGACCAGGAUGAGCGAGAUGCUCACGGACUUCAUCGAGGUCUUCGCGCAGGUCGCUGCGGUGGUGGUCAGGCAAGUGCUGGAUGACGGCUCCUCCCUGGUUCAGCAGGCCGCCCAGUCCAAGUUCCCAGGGGUCGGCGAAGCCCCGGUGCUGCACCACGCAGGGAAAAGCCUCACCAUCAAGACGCACUCUCAGCAUCCCAAGGGCCGGAAAAGGGAUCCCAGAUCAAAGCUUCCGCGGGAGGAGAAGAUGUCGGCGGUGCAGGAGGGCGCCAAGGAGAAGGUGCGUGGUGACGACGACCCAGAACCCCAAGGCAGCAUUGCCCUGGGAGUCUCGGACCAGGAGGGGAACUAUGCCACGCGGCUCAUCACCCAGUGGAAUGGCAGGGAGACGGACACCAGCUCUUGCUUGGCCUUCGCACCGAAGCACAGGGAAGGCAGCAACGAUCAGGCCCUGAAGUCAGACUGGCAAGGGAACAGCGAUGACGCUUUCAUCCCCUUGGAGCCCUUUGGCGUACCCUGCGACAAUGACUGGAUGAAGGAUAAUUGGGACAAGUGGCAGGGCUACUCCUUCUACGUCUGGGAGAUGGCCAUCGAGAAGUGCGUGACGGUGACCUACAGUCUUGGCAUGCAGCCUGCGCUCGCCUUUGUGGGUGGCUUGAGCUUCGAGCUGAUGCCGGCGCCGCUGGCCGAGAUGGACACGACAGUCUGCUGGCCGGACAAGCAGCCCGGGGGGGUGGAUUUGAGCGUUCUGCGCUCCGAGAUCCGCUCCGGGGGCAUCAUGCUCUUCAGCCGAACUUUGCGCCUGCAGAAGCGGUUUGGGAGUGGCACGGACUUCGUGGACAGCAACAUCUUCGGGGCCCACGAGACCUGGCGGAACCCACUUGGCACGGCCGUGGGCAGCCACGGUGUCGAAGACGAUCGCACCGUGGAAACCAUGUCAAGGUCGUCCCUCCUUGCAACGAACCAGACCUCCCAAAGCCAUCAGAGCCCAAAAAAGAAGCAGCCGGAGCAGCGACAGGCUUCGGUGGGAGAGGCAGAGCUGCACUGGGAAACCGAUCUCGAGGAGCUGUACCUGGCUGCUGGCCACUAUGGGAAGGACCUGGGAAUCAACAAGACAUCCGAGCUGCGUGGAGAAGAGGUCCUGAAGCGCAUGAAGGAGCUCCAUGCUAAGAAGGGCAUGAGUACUCUCCAGGCAGACGCAGAGUCCGGCACGGACUACCACCAGCUUUUCAGCUUCAAGAAUCCCGGUCCGGUCUCUUUCGAAAUCCUAGGACUUCUGGAAGACAACAGCCUAGAGCUCGGCAUGAAAAUCAACUUUGGCCCUUUCGAGUCCCCAGAGAAGCGGAUCCCCUUGCUCAACAUCGUGGACCAGUUCACGCUGGUUCUCGGAGUUAUGCCUUGGGUGUCACCCACUAGCAAGGUGAAGGCCAUAGCCUCUUUGAGAGACUUCGGAAAGCAGGACAUCAGCUCUGUCCUGCCAGAGGUGCCUCCGCCAGAGGUCAACCCGGGCUCCAUCAUCGGCCUCUACAAUCCUCACUGGAGCCGCUGGGUCCGAAUGGGUGGUGACCAUGGUGAUGUCGUGGAUCGUUCUGGCACGACGGCCUUUGAACCCCUUCCCUCGGACUGGACUUGGGAGAAGUUCGCGGUGGUGGACGCCGGGGAUGGCUUGAUUGCGCUCCACAGCCCGAAGUGGAACCGCUUCUUGUCCCUGAGCCCCGAGGGUGAGGUCUAUGGAAGCCCCAACAGAGCUGCCAGCCACUUGCACCCGGGAUGGUCUUGGCAGAAGUUCAAGGCGGUCUACGCGGGCGACGGCAUGAUCGCCCUCCAUUGCCCGGUCCACAACCGCUUUGUGAGCAUGACCGAUCACACCGUGCAGGCCACGAGCCACAGAAGUGAGGACAGCGUGCAAGAGAGCUGGACAUGGGAGCGCUUCCAGGUGCUGCGAACCCGGUGGCUCCUGCAGCCGGGGACCGUGGUGGGCUUCCAUAACGCAAUCCACAACCGAUACAUCUCCAUGAGCAGCGAUGGGACUAUGUACCCGAGCCCCGUAAGGGACUACAACGAGGAGCUCCCGGAAGGCUGGACCUUUCAGAGGUUCACGGUGGUGGAUGCCGGGAACGGCGAGUAUGGGUUUCACAACGCGAAGCACAACAAGUUCUGGAAGAUGACCGACACCGCGACGAUGAUCGCCAGCAUCACCAAGGCGGCUCACGACAUGCCCGCGCCGGAGCACUGGCCCUGGGAGCGCUUCGCAGCCGUGGACGUCGGAAACGGCGAGAUCGGUUUCUACAACCCCCACCACAACCGCAUGGUCUCGCUGUCUAACACGGAAGUCUACGCCUCGCCCCACCGGGCGCCCCAAGACUUCCCCUCCGACUGGACCUGGCAGAAGUUUAAGGUCAAGCUCUACGCGGAUGCCGGCUCCAAUCCGAACGAUCUGCCCUGGUCCUUCUCGAACUGA